UACAUCAUCUGUAGCAGAAUCAUCGAUAUUAACUUCAUAAAAUGACUGUGGGUUUCUCUGCAUCUUUUCCGUGCAUUAUUCCUGGAGAUUUGAAACGAAGGCAAAUGGUGGGUUUUUGUGCAAAUUCUACAGAGAAGAGAACGCAAAAGUAAAAAUAGUUCAUGAAAACUGAUUUGAACUGUUUGGGGCCGACCGUUCCUCAUGUCCAACUUUUCUUGAAAAGUCCGUCUUAUAAACGUCCGUGUAAGUGUAUCUGUGACCUAAUCAAUUUCUUUUCCUCUGUCAGACAUUGUCUAAUAAAAAAACAGCUAUUGAAUACACACCAAUAUAUUUGAGCUUUGCUACAGAUGCCGAUCGCAAACUCUGACUAGUGCGCUCUCUGACCGUCCAAUCAAAUGUCAACGUAAUUGUCUGCCUGCUAGAUGGCCCCGGAGUUACUAACUCGAAAUCUGAUUGGUUGUAGCAACAGCUUCAAUCUACUUUUUGCUAUAGACGCCCCUAUUGCUCACUCUGAAGGCGUUAUGGCAGAUUUUGUGAUGGCUAAAGUACAAUUGGACAAUACAGGAAGCUAUGAAAUAAAGAUAAUAGACUGUUAGGAAUAUUUUAAUACAUAUUAAAUAUAAAAACUUAUGUUUUUAGAUUAAUAUUGUUUAUGUCUGGAGAGAAACCCCUUACUGACCCUGACGGUCCACUAUCCUAAAAGCUUUAGGAAUGUCAUGCUUCAUCAUUGGGUUUUGUCAUGCUGAGCUCUGUUUAAAUCACUUGCAUGAAGGUAAUUUUAUUCCAUCUGAAGUGGGACACCGCGUCUAAGCUUUCGACCGCCGUCUGAGUGUUCGGGAUCAAAUGUUUAGCUAAUCCAUUAUUAUUUGCCCUCAUGUUAAAGGGUGUACGUUACAUUUUUAAAGCGCUGUUACGUCUGACUCGCAUUACAAUGUGUUUACCCAGAAAAUGAUGGACGCACAGGCUUCAUUAGCAUCAGAUUUAAACACGGUAGAAAGUCAGGGGCAUCCGAGGACAUCGCUCUGUCUCAGCAUGAUAAAAGGCAGCAUGAUGCAGCCUCAUCAGUAUUUAGCUCCUAAUCUCAAGUUGUGCAUUUUGUUGUCACAAGCAGCACGACUAUUAAAACCAGUACUCUGGAAUCGUACUUCAAGGUAAAAUCUAUUAAAUGAUGUAGAGCUUACAAGGAUUUAAGACUCUUUCGGGGGACUUGCAUCUAAAAGACUGAGAGGCAUAAAGUGUAAAUGAGGGGAUAAAACAGGAAUGGCAACUCACAUGCAUGUCUAAAAGGAGUCUAAGGGUCCAUCAUUGGUUUUAUAUAUGGAUUUAUUCUCCGUGUGUACAUUUUAAAACCAUUUUUGAUUAGACAUGUUGUGAUGAUUUAUUUAGACAUGUUGGACACAAUAAUGGAAGUACUCACGUAUUUUUUAUUGGUACAAAUCUUUCAAGUUUUUUCUUACUGCAUUUUUAAAAGCAAUUCAAAUCAGUUGGGCUGCAAAUCAUUUGUCCCAAUGGGUCGAUGUUUUUUUUUUAAUGGAUGGACCCCCAUUCCUACUCAUCAGUAAAAAGCCCAAACCAAACCAAAAAUUAAAUGAUGCCAGGGUUAAAAAAAAGCAUGAUCAGUCCUAACUGGCUAGUGUUUGCAUAUUUUUUUAUGACACAAAGCAUGACUUGUGAUGUUAUUCCUGUUCAAAUGCAUGCCACUAUCAGCUAGCUGGCAUGUGUCCCCACAGAAAGUUGCAGUAGUGUGAUUGAGUUCCUUGCACAGGGAAUAUUAGUUUUCAGCAUGGAAAAUUUCCAGGGUGAGGUCCAACAUUCCGGACAUGAAAACCCAUACAAGUUUGGUUUUUUUUUCCUUCUCGAGCCAUGCAUAUUUCCUUUUUCCUUCUCUGCAAAAUGUUAGUGCCUUUUUUUUUCCUUUCACAGUUUUUGGCAUAGGUUAGCAAGGAGGAGAUUGACAGCACGUGUAUGUGCGGAAGAAAGACGUGAUUCCAUUGCUUAUAAAAAACAAAAACAAAAUGCAAUCUGUUGCAUGAAAAUAAAACAAAUGAGGAGUUAUUGUGCAUACUAUUUAGGGUAAAAACAGAUCCGAGUUUACUGUAUCUGGGAUCAGCACGUGUUCUCAGUGCAAUGUCUGUGUGCAGUGUCCCUGUAAUUGUUUUCAGUUUUCAGUGUCCCUACACGUGUUCUCUAUGCAGUGUCCCUGCAUGCAUCCUCAGUGCAGCUCCCAUUGCAGUGUCCCUAUUGACAGCAUCCAUAAUAGCAUCUGAAUGAUACAGCAGCUCAGGCAUCUUCUCACCCGGAAGUGGUAGCUCAGUGGAUUGGAAGGUCGGGGGUUUUAGCCGCAUUAUCUCUAAACUGCCACUCUUGGGCCCUUGAGCAAGGCCCUUAACACUCUGUGCUCCAGGGUCACUGUAUCAUAGGUGACGCUGCGCUCUGUCCCCCAGCGCCUGGAAAAGUGUUCCACAGUGCUGUAGUGCAUAUGUGACAAAUAAAAAGCCUGUUUCUUUCUCUCUCAAGUGGAAAUGAGAAUUACACCACUGCCCUACUCCACACUGGCUCUGGAAUUGUGGAGUGUGUUAUAGUAGAGAGGAGCAGGAGGAGAAGGAGGAGGGAGGGAGGGAGGGAGGGAAGCGUUGAGUUCAUUGAGUUCAUUCUCAUCCCCGUACUGAUGCAGCGCCCUCUAAAGAAAUCCAGGAUUGGAUGAUUUCUUUCCCUCUCCCCUUUCAUCAAGCUGGCAGGGUUUUUAGCAGGCAGAGAUAAGUGUCAGAUGUGCGCUAAGGACAAGGGGAAAAUAAUAAAAUACAAAAAAAUCCAGCAGUCGUGUAAUCAUCUGGUCAUUCGACGGCGCCCGUGCGAUUCGAUUUGACCUUUAAUUCAGGACACGGAGCCGCGAUCAGCUGAUGAACACCCCGGCAGCUGCCAUUUUGCAGGUCAGUCGGGGUUUCGCUUCAAACUUGUCCAGCGCACAAAAAAAGCCGACUAAGCUAAACCAUUGAGCUGAGCUCGCUCCUGGCACUCUAAGGACCUCGAAGGAGAUGAAGCCGGGCCGCUGUCGGGAAAUCUGAGCGAGCAUGGCCGAUGGUAACGCGAGAGAGAUGGAUCGGGGGAGAGGCAGGAUCACGGGCGACUCGGGGUUCCCGAGAGGCGGCUAUGCGCAGCAGCAGUACGGCCCGGCUGCAGCCGCCACCACCGCCGCCGCGCCGCCUGGUCCCGACAUACAGGAGCUCGCUUCGAAGCGCGUCGACAUCCAGAAGAAGCGCUUCUACCUGGACGUGAAGCAGAGCGCGCGGGGCCGCUUCCUGAAGAUCGCGGAGGUGUGGGUCGGCCGCGGGCGGCACGACAGCGUGCGAAAGAGCAAGCUCACGCUGUCCAUGGCCAUGGCUCCGGACCUCAGGUACUGCCUGGGGGAUUUCAUCGACUACUACGCGCACGUAGGCCUGCGCGGCAGCCAGGUGCCGCGGCCCGAGGAGCCGAGCGACGCGCCGCGCCGGCGGCCGCCGCCGGAGCACCAUCACGCCGCGCCCGCGUCGCCCGGCGGCGGCUCGGCGGCGUCCGACGACCAUGCGCACCGCGUGCUGAAGAGCGAGGCGAUCGAGGGCGACAACCGGAAGUAUUAUUUGGAUCUGAAGGAGAACCAGCGCGGCCGCUUUUUGCGCAUCCGCCAGACCGUGAGCAGGGGCCAGGGCGUAGUGGGGUACUACGGCCAGGCCGUGGAGCAGACUAUCGUGCUGCCCGCGCAGGGCUUAAUCGAGUUCCGGGACGCGCUCUCGCAGCUCAUCGAGGACUACGGCGACGACCGGGAGGCCAACGGCCGGAGCGGGAGGGGGGAGCGCGACCGGGAUGCGGCGUGCGCCGAGCUCCCCGAGGCGGCCUCCUUCCGCGUCGACAACAAGCGCUUCUACUUCGACGUGGGCUCCAAUCGGUACGGCGUGUUCCUCAAAAUCAGCGAGGUGCGCCAGCCGUAUCGGAACACCAUCACGGUGCCGCUGAAAGCCUGGGCCCGCUUUGGGGAGAACUUCAUCAGGUACGAAGAGGAGAUGAGGCGCCUGUUCACCUGCCGCAAGGAGAAGAGGACAGAGGCGCAGGCGGACAGCGAGGAGCGCGACGAUUGACGGCGGCGUGUUCGGUUGCUGUAGCCAUGUCACAGUGCUCCGGUUUCUACAAUAUCCUAAUACAUGUUCCAAAACAGUGUA